AUGUCAUUUCCACUUUUUUUCUUGAUUUUAUUUUUAUUUAAAAGUGCAACCCCGUCUGAUUUAAAUGUCGGAACGACUUUGUUUACGAAAGCUGACCGGGCAAAGGAGUGUUGGUCGUCGGAAAAUGUGGCCCUACUGUCAUCCCGAAUGAUCCUCGAGGAUCUCUUACCGAGUACCUCAAUCCUUGUUAUCGAUUCGAACGAAUUUGUCACCGAUUUGGUCGAAUAUUUUCGCCUGAUUCUCGAAAUUGUCCGCAAAGAAACCCACGGCAAAACUAAGCAUAUUACGUUGUUAGCCUUGACGGAUUUGUUGGGGGGUUAUUUGCACCAUGCCGUUCUCCCGAUUUCCAAAUACGCGUAUUAUGCCGGUUUGAUCGAUUAUGACAGUAUGGCCACGCUUUUGGGGCUAUUUGAUGAACUUAAGUGGUUUUUGCGGACUAAUGGACAAGGCUGGGCCAAACCCUUGCCGCAAAACCUUGAGAAUUUCGAAAUCCGGCUCAUCCCCUUGCAAUCCCCCAUCCAACAUAAAGACGAUUGUGACAAUUUGAUGUUUGUGCAAGGUGACCAACCUCAAAACACUGAAAAAUCGGGAUCGGGGCAUUGUGAUGCCACCAUCCCUAUACCCUUUUUCGAUUCAAACACACGCCCAAGUGCUAUAGCCCUCCCGACUAAAUCCUGCCCUUUGCAAAACGUCGAAGCCAACACGUCUAGUUACCUCGUAAUGAAAUUCUUCGUGACGUCAUACAAGUGUCUCCAAUUGAAAAACGCCAAAACGGAAAAUAUCGAUAAGUUUCAGUGUGAUUUCGUGCACUGGAUCGACGAACAAAUAAUGCCGCGACUUGCCGAUGAGAAAUUUUACGCGGCUUUUGGGGGAAUCCUCCGUGUGAGGAACACACUGAAAAGGCUAGGUGUGAGUUCAGGCACAGCCGAGAAACAAAUCGAUGAUUUUCGACGUGUUAUCGAAGAGGCACAAAAACCAACACAAAAUGGAGGACGACAACAAAUGAGCAGAGCCGCCAUGAUACUCACGGCUGUCUUGAUCACGAUUUUUGUAUGGUUUUUACUAGGAACAAUGUUCAUUUGUUACAAGAUGCGCCAAUCAAAACCUUGUUCACCGGAAGGUGGUAGUAAGACGACAACAUGUUCGUCACUUACUUCAAGUAAAUAUUUCUAUCCGGAAAAAUUGAGUUCGUCGAGUACUAAACGAGGUGGCCGCCAACAAAUCGUGAUUACGAGUUGUCGAUGCAAGGAUGACAAUGACGAGGACGAAGACGAGGAUUAUACCACAAAUAGUGGCACUGUUAAUGAUUCGACACGAACCGAUGGAAAAUUAACAUCAAUUACGGAAAAAUCAGAACCCUCGUCGAAAUCAACUAUUUCACCGACUCCAUCACUUCCAUCGAAAGCGAAUGAUGAAAAUUCAAAACCAAAAAAUCUCGCCAAAAAUGAUGCUCCAAAGAGAAAGGGUAAAGUACAGAGGCAAGUGUACAUGGAUUCGGAUUCGGACUCAGAUUCGCCCGGAAAGACAUGAUCUAUUUUUUAUUGUACAUAUUUUAUUAAAGUUUUAUUUUUACACAA